UCUAUCUCUGUCCCUCCCUCUCUCACGCUCUCUGUGCUCUGGCUGAACCAGCAGCUCUCAGCAGCACUAAUGAACCAGUGGAUCGGGGCGAGACUACGCAGAUCCAGCCCAGCAGCCCGAGAGCAGCGGCUCACCAUCCAUCAGGGGGACCCCCCACCAGGGCACUGAUCUGCAGCCAGCAGGGGGGGAUUCCGACCCCCACAGCCCACUCCAACGCUCGACCCCCAAACCCAACACAUCUGAGGCGGAGGACCCCCACACCGCUGCGUGUGCGAAACGCCAAAGUCGCCAUCGAGGGACGGACCCAUCGCUGUAUCAGCGGCGAGGAAAUCAGAGGAGAAGGGGAGCGUCGGUCAACGCCCAACCCCCUGCUCUCAGGGCUGACCCGCGGCACUCGCUCCCUGGGUCCACAGUGAGGAAGUCGUGCCCUCUCCCCGAACCACUGUCACUCGUCUCGUGGAGGAGCGCCCAGCCAUGGAGGAGAUGCUCACCUGCAACAGAAGCCCUUUCUCCCAGGUGUUUGGGCGCCAGGGACAGCUCAUGCAAGCCACCGUGCAGUCCCUCAACAGCCUGAACGACCAGAUCGCCAGCUUCAUGGUGAGUGGACCCAAGGCCCUGGAGCAGGAGGAGCCAGCCUUCCUCCCCACGGAGAAAGACACGCUGCAGAAGUCCAUGACCCUGAUGAGGCGCCUCCUGGUGGACGCCCAGUUGAUGGAGGAGCUGGAGCGCUGCCCGGGGUCACAGUGCGACCCCGCGGCCAGUCCCGGGCCUCUGAGUGCUGGGUUGUGUAUGGUGGUGGGAGUGAUGACAUCAGAGACACCCCACUGA